AUGACUAUACGGGCAUUCCUCUUGACGAUAGCUUUCUGGUCGCAGGGAUUUUGGCAUUUCACAGAGGCGCUGGAUGCCAGUUCUAGAAUCAAUUUCAAUGAUCUCCAGAAAUCUUUCUCCCCCAAGGCAAUAGCUGUUGGCCACGACAUCCAGUGGCCAACAUUGAAACCAUCCAAAUUUGUUCUAAAUGUGCAUACCCCGAUCGCCACCAUUGACUAUGGAUCGGAGGCUGCUGGAUAUCCAUUUUUCGAGAUAGAAUCAGUCGAAGCGCAAGCACAGAUUGAAGUGAAGUACAGCGAACCCUACAAUGGGCUCCAGCAUGUUUGGGGAGAUGGUCCCUACACAUUUUCUACUGGUCUCUCCAAUGUUGCUCGGGUCGAGACUUUCAAUAUUACCAAAGCGGGAACAGUGAAGUCCUCAUUGAUCCAAGGUGGACAAAGAUGGCAGUCUAUUAAGUUGGUUGCCGGCAACAAGGUCACGAUCUCCCGAGUCGGCUUCGAACCAACAGUUUCUGUCACAGAUCCAGACACACUACCAGCCCGCUUUUUGUCUGAUGAUACAGUCUUGAACGCGAUCUGGAAAUUGGGACAGAAAGCAGCAACUAUGGCAUGCCUUGAGAAAGGUAGCCAGAAGGCUGUAUGGGAUAUUGACCCAGUCAAAGGAGCUUUGGUGCACAGUAUAAGGUCUUCGCCGAACAUUGAGACUUCCACAUUUGAAGAUUACACCUUGGAAUUUGAGACAUCUAUCGAGAGGGGUGGGGUAUGGUGGUCGAUAGCCCAAUCUGUGUCUUAUGGUAAUGGCAUUCAGCUACUACUUGUUGGUGAACUACCCGAGGCCUCGACAUUCGCUAAUACCAAUAUAUCCUUGACUCCUCCGAACAGCAUUCUGUUGGCAGACGCAUACGGCUUCGUCAACCAAACAACUUUGAACUCAUAUUUGCUCGAUACUUUUACCAUUCCGUUCAAAGUGCACGAGAAAGAAUGGUAUACCGUUACUACAGCUUUAUCAGAUAGCAAUCGAAUUGCUGUGCAGCUUAAUGGCAUCUCUAUCUUCAACGUCUCGCUGUCAGAUUACUACACCGGUGGUUCUGAAGUCUCACUCAGUGGAUCCUUUGGGUUUGGAGCUUACCAGGAUCAAGCUGCUUGGGUUCGCAACGCCAAGGUCCAUGACAGUGCGAAUGGAUCCCUCUUAUACAUGGAUGGCCUUCGCGAUCAGAAUGCUUUGGCACGCUAUGGGACGCAGAGUAACCUGGGAACCGUCUGCUUAGAUGGAGCCAAACGAGAUCGCCUGGUUUGGAUGGGUGACUUUUACCAUACUUCGCGUAUUAUAGGUGCUAGCACUGACCGAUACGAUUGGUCACGCGGGACUUUGUCGUUCUUACUCGAUACACAAGCCUCUAAUGGCCAAUUGAAUUUCGCACCAGCUAUGGGGUACGAUCCAUCGACCACCAUUGACGCUUACAGCACAGAUGGCACAUAUCCUGGCUUAGAAGACUAUCAGAUCCUUGGAUUCCUAAGUUUCUACCAUCUGCUCAAACAAACAAACGACUUGGAAUAUGCCGCCCAAACUUGGCCACAGUGGCAAAAGCAACUGACAUGGCUUUUGAGUACGAUCAAUGCCACGGAUGGACUGGUGGACGUGAACAGUGCAUUUUUAGGACCGGGGACGGGAGGUUCCGCAGUCAGUUGCCUUACAGUCGAAGCUCUGAACGGAGCUACAGAGAUCGCCAGCGCACUGGGGGACAAGAGUGCUGCCAGGACAUACAAUGAGUCCGCCAAAAGGCUAGCUGAUGCUGUCAAUACUCACCUUUGGAAUGAUGAACUUGGAGUUUACUCUCUUAGUCGAUCAGAAACGAGCGACUUUAGCGUUGCUGGGAUUGGACUGUGCAUUACUUCCGGGGUCGCAAAUUCGACCAGGGCUUCACAGGUUGUGUCUUCCAAAAAUCUUGCAAAGCUGAGACUCGGUCCUGGCUACAAGGACGAUACUACCGUAAACGGAACGGAUUCCAGUAUCUCGAUCUCACCAAACACCAAUGGCUUCUUAUUACCUGCUCUGUUUAUGGGGAAUGCUACCACGGCUGCCAAUAAUCUUCUCCGAUCCAUGUGGGGAGCGAUGCUGUCAGAGGACGUGAAAGCCGGUGUCGGAAAUGACACCACAUCCACCGGUGCAAGCUGGGAAUAUCUUGAUGUGAAUGGUUCUCCCGGCUUGGGUCUGUUUACUAGUCUCAGCCACCCAUGGGGAGGAGCGGCAACAUAUGUUCUGACAGAGUGGGCCGCUGGACUGCGUCCAGUGAAUGGACCCGAAGGUUUUGGGUACAGGGAUUGGCUCUUAGCUCCAGAAACAGGCUUACAGAUAGGCCUCAAACAAGCGAGUGCUCGAGUUGUUACGGAAGGGGGGAAAAUGUUGUCCGUCGCAUGGGAACUCGAUGGGACAGAGUUGAAAGUAAAGAUUGAUGCGCCCCAUGGUACCACUGGAAAGGUUCUAACUGGGAGCGGAUAUAAGAUAAUCAAUGGAGGUAGCGUUCAAUCAGUGCGGAUUUCAAGAUGA